GCAGAGAGAAAAUCGUGACCGGCACACCAGACAAGGAUCUCCACGACGAUGAUUUCUUCUGGGUGUCCGGUAACUACGAGACAGCCGAGGUACCGGGCUGGAUGAUUAGCAAAAAUUUUGGGAGCACAUGUAAGCCGUGCAAAUUAUCUCGGUUUUUACACUUGAUGUUUCUGUAGACUAAUGAUUCUCUUGUUUCUUUUGCAGCCAUCCAAGCCUUGCAAGCCAACUACAAUUUCCCCAACGUCGAGGCGAUCAGGACCGCGCUCCGCUACCGUGACCGAGAUUGUAACCAACUCCUUGGCUACAGUCCCACAUAUAGAUACUCUGCUCCCCGCCGGAGUAAGGUUACCGACUUCCUCCGAGCUCCAACUCCUCCACCGGAUCCUACUCUGCCAGACGUGCCCCUCGUUCGCCUGACCAAAGAACAGGAGAUGGCCAAGCGCAGCAGAAUCAAAAACUUGCUCACCGCCACAUCUGCCGAGCUGCCGAGCGUUUCAACUCGCUCACCCAUCGCCGGUCAAUCCAGUGGCGCUGUGGUCGCCCUUGCCUCUCCACCGACCGGCCAGUCCAGCCGAGAACCUUCUGCGCAGCGGGCCGGGAAAAGGGCUCGGGCAGACCCAUCUGCCGAGUUAGUCGCCGAGCUAACUACCGAGCAUCCGACUGACGCCCCCGCCCCAGUGCCGGCCUGGCGUCCACAGUUGAAACACCGGGGUCAGGACAUCCCGGCUACUGCCUCGAUCAAGGCUGACAAAGAGCAUCUGCUCGCCUUUGAUCUGUCCAAAGCAUUCCUACUACCGAGCGACGUGGUCGGCAGUGACCACGUCCCUGACACUCGGUUGGUCAAGUCAUCCGUGAAGUCCAUGGCCAGGGCCAUUCAAAAACAACAUCUUGUUUUGGAGCGCAUCCACCGGCUUAGGCAAAAGGCAAACGACACAGCCAGCCAGCUGGACGCAGCCGAGAAAAAACGAAGUGAACUCCAGGCCGAGGUUGACACUUUGAAGAAGACGAAGAAGAAGGCUUGCCGGGCUGCCAACAACGCGGGUUUCAACGAGGCCGAGAAGAAUUACAAGAAGCAAGUCUUUGCGACACAAGACAUAUUCUUCAAGGCUGGCUGGAAAUCCGCUUGCGAACAGCUCGACCAGGGCUCUGACACCGAUGUUUUUGCCAAUCCUCCCAAAGCUUCACUACCGGUCUACCUCGUGCCAUAUGCCAACGAUGUUUUCAGCGCUUUACAGACUGAGGCCGAGGAGGGACUUGAAGAUGGGGAUGGGGAGACAGAUUCUGAGGAAGAAGAGGCCGAGGUGCAGGAGCAGCCCGGCAUUGAAGAACCCGGUGCCCAAGAUACCGGUCCAACUGUUGACCUUGAAGCCGGCGAGGACGAAUUCACUCAUCUAUCCCCUCUAGUUUAA